AUGACCCGGCGACUCGUUUACGACGCCGGUGGGUCGUCGACGGUCGGACGUCUUCUGAUCCGUUCCGUCGCCUCGUUUGCAACUCUCGACCGAAACCAUCACUUCAUCAUGACUUUACUGUUCAUUUGUAUGUUUGUUGGAGUGUCGGAAAGUGUGGCUCGUGCUCGAAAACUUCUGUUUCGAAUUGCUUACUCCAAGUCUUUUAUAAAUACUCAAAGAAAAGUUAGUGACGUUAGUAAGACAGCUGAUACUUCUGAGCAGUCGUCAAGAAACUAUUUGCUGAGAAGAUUUUCCAGAAAGAUUUUGAAUCAGAUUUUUCCAUAGUUCUCAAGUGAUCCUUUCUCAAAGCUUCACAAUGACGUUACCAGAACUGCUGAUCUUGCAUAGUCUCUAGGAGGUUUUGAAUCAUUUUUUCAUUCAUAGAAAGUUUUGGAAGAUUCCCUAAAGAUGACAGAUGGGAGAAAGAACUUUUGACUAUCCCUACUAGAGAAAUAAGAGCUUAGAAGAAAAAUUCACAGGUUAUCUCGAGUUGAAAAAGUUUUCGAAAAGUCAGAAAUGGUUUGAUCAAUUUGAGAGAAAUGUUUGAUUUUCAAAAUCGAUCUAUCAAGGUUCAAAAUCAAUUCCAAAAAAAUUCAAGCCAGGCGAACCGACUUUUGAAUCAAAAAUUCAUCGACUAGACGUCUUUAAAAUACGGAUAUUUCUCUCAUAUCUUGAAAGAACUCUCAAUUUUCAACCUGAUCGCAAAUUCUAAGGGUCAAUAAAAAUCGAUGAAUCAUCUUUGGGCCUUCUUGAGAAAAAAAAAGCCAAUUUCCGAAAAAUCUUCAACUUGCAAGAUUCAUCGAUUAAUCUGAGCGCUCAAGUUGAAGCUUGAGUUUGACAUUUAUACGGCGGCUCCGCUAUGUCGGAUCAAAAGUGAUAACGACCGUGCCCCCACAUUUUUCUUCAUUCAUUCCAUUUUAACACCUAUCACUUCUCGGACCUCUCUUUUCUCCUGAAUAUUUGUUUUCACGCAAAAUUGUGAUUUGAGAAGAAUAUUUAUCGCCCCAAUAAGUGAAAAACCUACAUUUCACAAAAUGGGUUCAUUUUUGAACCUCGAAAUAACUCGGAAAAAGACACGGAAAAAUUAAGCGAUUUCGAAAUCUUUAAAGAGAAAAUAUUGAUUUGGUGAUAGUUAUGUUAUGAAGUCACGAAAAAAAUGUGGAACUCUUGAACUUUUUAGAAAAAUCGAUUCUCAAGUUGAGAUAAAAAAAUCCUUUGAAAUAAAAAAAUGAAAAAGUUAAACUCAAAUUUAAGCUAGAGAAAUAAAUUUCAAAUCAAUUUUUAAAGGUGAUAAAUGAGCUCGCAUAAAAAUAUCCAUGUUUGCUUUUGGCUCAAAAAAAUUCGAUUAAAAAUUAACUUCUAAUUUGAAAAAGCUCUAUAAAACGAAAAAAAAAACGCUUUCUUCAUCAAAAUUGUACACGAAGAUCGUUAAAAAAAUAGGAUCAAUAAAUAAAAUUCAGAUCUAGUUUCAUUUUAUUCUUCUUGUUGUAUUCAACUUCUACAUGAAGAUUCUGACAACUAAUAAUUUUUCAGACAAAAAAAUAAUUUACUUGAAAAAAAGACGCAGUUCAUUUUUUUCAAUCUAUAUUAUUUUCUGAUUGAUCCUAAAUAUUUCAUGAAGGCGUCUGAAACAGCCUUAAAUUUGACCAAAAGCUCCAAACUCCGAUUUUUACUCGAAAAAAAGGGACACGUCACUUUUUCCACUUGAAAGCCCACUGCCUAAUCGAGCACUUCUAACAAUUCCAAGUUUAUUCCCCGCUUUUUUCCUCGUUUUUUUUUAUUGCGAACGUCAUCGGAAAGUAAUUUGAGACAUUUUCGGAGCGGAAAUCGCGACAUUUUCCCCGCCUCCGUCAGCUUUUCCAAAAAUUUCCAAAAAUGUCAGGAAUUCCAAGAUUUUGUCAAUUUUACGGCGUUAGGGUUCUUUGUUGGUUUUAGGUCUAUUUAAGCGAGGUUCCUUAUCAACUUUCCUGAUUUUCAGAUAAAUAAAAAAUGCAUAUUGAUCUGAUUCUACUGGUGAACGUCUUCUUCAUUACGUGUACACAUUUUUCGUUGAUUUCUUCGAAUCCUCUGACUUCUAAUAGCGACAAACGAGUCGCCCUAGGUUGGUUUCAUUUAUUUUUUUAAAUUGAGCUUUGUGAUUUCUAAAAAACUUAUAAAUUUAUUUAAAAAAAUUUUUUUAAUAAGCAUGAAGAGUUCUAUUAAAGUUCAAAAAUCCACUUCCACAAAAAAGAAAAGAUACAAAAAAGUUAGGCCUUAAAAAAAAACAAGAGAGCACCCAAAAACUAAUUUUUUGAUAUUCAUACAACCACUGCUCUUUUAGGGCUUGAAAAACUUCAGGGAAGCAUAAUUAGUGAAAAAUUUAUAAUAUAUAGCUUUUUUUAUUUAUUUAUAUAUAGAGCUUUUUUUCGACACCCUCUGCAAAAAACAGAUCUUAGUUGAGUUAAAGCAGAUCUAAUCUGAAAAAAAUUUUUCACAGAAUUUUCGCCCCAAUCAAGCUUUACACCGAAGCUUUUUUUCUUCGAAAUAAAUUCCCUGAUUUUUAAUAGCUUAUAUGAAUUUGCAGGUAUUUUUGGACAUAAGCGAAGCUCAAGAACUACAAACAAAACAACUAGCCGAACAUGGUAACUUUUCCAAAAAUUAUGAUUUUUCGUACAAAUAGAGGUCCAGAAGCCCGGCUAGACUGCGCUUCUCAAAGAAAAAAGGCCCUGCUUCGGAAAGACGCCGGGGAUAUCCGUGUCUACGUUCCAGACUGUUCUACUACAAAUCCGAUGUCAGUUUCGACAAAAUUCUACCGAGUAAUGACUUUCAAAGGAUUUCGAGAAAAAACCUUGGAAUAAGAACCAGCGCUCACCAAGGUUGAAAUCCAUCCAUUAUAAAAAUAUAAAAAGCCUUUUUUGUGAAUUUUCUGUAUGUCUUGCAGUAGUUCAUGAGCUGAAAUACUCGACGGUGAAGUCCAAGUUGAAACUCAAAGACUACCAUUUUUAGACAAUACCAACGGACACAGUGCUACGAAUUGACACAUUACUGCUGGUGUGUACACGAAAUCAGUGGGGAGCCAGUAGCAGGUUGAACUUUUCAAAUUAUAUUCUUUAUUGGGAAAUGAAAGGCCCUUUUGAAAACACGAGACUUUUAGAUAAGGAAAUGUUAGUGAACCUUUUUCCUAAAUUUAACAACAAAAAACACCUGAAUAAAGCCCUUUAUUCAAAAUAUUGACCCUACGAUCCUCAAAUCCUGAAUUAAAAUUUUGCCACUGUAAAAUAUCAAAAGUUAAGCCGCAUUCUUAGGAAAAAUAGCUCUUAUUAGUAGAAAGUUGUUGAUCCAAUUGCGUGAGAAAUGUUAUGAAUUUAUUGAAAACGGAGAAAAUUCAGGAUCAACAACGCAAAAUGGUCGACCUGGCUGUGCAGCACCGGCCACGCAAGCGCCUAAGAAAAAGCGGAAAAAUCGUAAAUACUUUAAAAAAAUCCUAAAUAUUUCUUACUUUAAGGCUGCAAAGGGAACCGAAGAACGAGGUUUUUACGACGUGUCGUGGCGACGAUAAAAGCAGAAAUGAUAUUGGCCGGUGAGACUACAUAUUUUUCAUGUUUUCAUAGAAACGGAGGGCCAUUUCGAGCUUUAUUGUAUUCGUGAUAAUCAAUUAAUCAUAUUAGAUUUACAAAAAAGGUACGCCUUAAUCACUGUGAACAGAUCUCCCGGCGCGGCGACCCGACACAUUGUUGAAAAAAAGUAAAAAUAUAGAAAAUUGGUGAAAAAACCAAAAAAAUUUGCUCUUGACAAUGACGGUUUCGCGGGUCGGGUCUUUCAGGAAUUUUCAUGAGGAGCCCUAACAAAUCUCCGGAACAAAUCUCCGAAAACAACAGUUUGAAGUCCAUUUUAUGAAUCACUGAACUUUUUUGACCUUUAUUUUUCAAAUUAAAGUUUCCCAGUUACAUUUCAACAUCCAACAUUUCCCAAUCCAUUUCAGCAACAUAAAAAAUACUUUAAAAAUUAAAUUAAACCUGAUUUUCCAGGUGUAAACCAGACGAAAACCAACCGAGACGCCGUCCUUCAGUGGAAGUUCAAGCAGCUCGAUCUGAAUGAUAACAAGGUUUUUUAACUUAAAAAUGGGAAAAAAAAAAUGAAAAAUUAAGUCGAUGGAGAACACUAAGGUCUAAAAUGCCAAAAAAAGAGCAGUGAACUUUUUUUUUUCUAACAACGGCGCUCUAAUCAUCUUCAAAAAGCAUAAUGAUAAAUACUUUAAUACAUUCUUGAGAUCUAUAUAUAUACUUAUGGAAAACUACAAAAUCUUAUCAAAAAUUGAAGUUUGAGGAAUGAAAAUCACCUUUUUUUUGUUACUUAUUAAAAAUUAUUGAGGCUUCAGAAAAAAAUUUAAAUUCGAAAUUGAAGCUACUCGAACGACAAGAAUGGAAGCCGUACAAGGCAAUUCUACUGGAGUGGAGGAAAGCGCGGCACUGUUCCCGGAAUCUCUUCAAAACGUGCGAUGUCGACGCGAACCGUCGGCUCACGCCCGAAGAGUGGCGCAAGUGUAUCGCACAAGGUAUUUUAUUAACUUAUCUGGCAUGGAUGGUCAAUUUAUUUGUGGUUAGAAAGUUUUUGAGCCUUUUUUGUAAGGCUGGUCAGUAGCAUCUGUUGGGCUCAUAACUUAUGAAAAGUAGUUUUGGUUUUUUGUACGACACUCCGCUAAAAAGCUUCGAAAAUCGGGUGAAAAGUAUAUGAGACUCAAGAGAAAGGUUUUCUUUAUAUUUCUCCCAAUUUUCUCCGUUUUCGGUUCAGUGUUGCGUUUGUACGAAAACAACGAACACAAAAUCUGAAAAACCAGUGCAUUUCACCAUCGCAAAAAGGGGCGUGGCUUUGUGGUCUCUACUCAUACGUCAUAAUUUUGCAAAACGGGACUGCCGCGCCCUUUCUUAGAACCACAGUACUCUUUUCUUCGAUUCGUCCUUUCCCUGUGAAGGCGCCUUAAAUUGAGCCCAAAAUUUUCUGUUAUAUUGAAGGCGAAUUCAGAGGGACAGGCCGCGGGAAUCGAAAAAUAGGGAUUUGUAGCACGCAGAGAAAAAAUUGUGACAAGCUGGCUUUUUAAAGUAAAUUUUCUUGAAGAACUGAAAAAUUCUUAUUUUGACCGAAAAAAAUUUUUUUCAGAAGUGAACCUGGUACCAGCGACACGACCCGAGCAACUCAACCCAUUCCUGUACAUAUUGAAACCCGAAUGA